AUGCGCGUGUACCAAGGGCUACCUCCGGAUGGGGAGACGAGUGAAGAAGACGAACAGCAGGUUCUCGCAGCAUAUGCAAAUGGCCUACUUGCUGGUGCUCAUAGCCAGGCCAAGCGGAGCCGUUACAGUGUCAAACGCAUCGUGGUCAAGCGAAACAUCCGGGAGGGUUGGCAUCGGCUGCGUCUUGACUACUUUGACCCCCAUAAAGUUUACCCCGACGUAUUCUUCCGGAGGAGGUUUCGUGUGUCACCUAGGCUGUUUUGCUGUGUAGCAGAUGCUGUUACUGAGUACGAUGACUACUUCAAGGAGAAGGAAAAUGCUGCCGGGAAGAUGGGAUGCCAUCCUUACCAGAAGAUUGCUGCUUGCUUCAAACUGCUUGCCACCGCCUGCACACCUGAUUCUCUGGACCGAGAGUUUCGUAUGUCUGGCUCUGUCAUUAUGGAAAGCUUCAAGCAUUUCAUCCAGGGUGUGGUUCACCUCUUCGAACAACGCUACUUACGUAGCCCAAAUGAGACCGAUAUACAGGCCUUGCUGCAGGUUGCUGAGGACAGAGGGUUCCCAGGAAUGCUUGGAAGCUUAGACUGUAUGCAUUGGGUAUGGGAGAAAUGCCCUGUUGCCUGGCACGAUGAGCACCGAGGACACACACAGAAGCCAACCAUUAUACUGGAGGCUGUGGUCGGGCCCGACCUAUGGUUUUGGCACGCCUUCUUUGGUCUCCCUGGGUCACUAAACGAUAUCAACGUUCUCCAUAGGUCCCCUGUUUUUGAUGACCUCGCCUCUUGUAAUGCCCCUGCUGUCAACUUCACCGUGAAUGGUCACCAUUACGACAUGGGGUACUACUUGGCAGAUGGCAUAUACCCGGAUUGGGCGACACUAAUCAAAGGAGUUCCUAGUCCAUUUACUGAGAAGCAGAAGCUCUUCACUUUAAAGCAGUCUGCUUACAGGAAGGAUGUCGAGCGAGCAUUCGGUGUGCUACAAGCAAAAUUUGCAAUUGUCAAAUGUCCUGCCAGAAUGUUCAUGGUAGCAGAUUUAAAGAACAUCAUGAGUUGUUGUAUUAUCCUGCACAACAUGGCAGUUGCGGAUGAGCGAGGACUUCCGCUGGCGACCAUUGACGACUUCGAAGAUGCCACUGCACCUGUGCUUCUCCCGAGGAACGUGCCAAGCAUACAGACUUUGAUAGCAAACCACAGAAAAAUCGAAGAUCGAGGCAUGCAUCACCGGCUGCAGGAAGACCUCAUGGAGCAUGUGUGGAACGAGUGUGGCAGCACCUGGGGUAAGGACAACGGAUUGCUCAUUGCUUGUUUCUGUUAG